AUGUUCGAUGCCUUGAAGAGCACAUGGGCUGGUGUUCUCUACUUCUUUGCAUCGCUUUGCAUGCUGGAUGCAACACGCGGUGACGAUGCUUGGGCGAUCCAGUUGCUUCAACGCCAGCUUGCGUUGACAGGCCCGCCGGAAGAACGCUUACAAGCCGCCGAGCCUCUUUGGUGGUUUCAUUGCCCGAAGUGCGGCACUUCGUUUGUCAACAGCUUAAUCAACCUGCCUGGUGUUUGUCCCGGAUUGACAUUGCGCAGCGUUGAUAGAACGACCCUUGGCUACUGUUUCUUGCCAGAGUUCCUCACCAAAGUGUGCCCAUCGUGGUGUUCGCAGGGUAUGGAGUGUGUAUAUCCUCCACACCCAGCCCUUGGCAACUACACAGCAAAAAAAGGCCGAUUGGUGGGAUUCUUCCGCGAGCCGGAUCAACGCAUUCUGUCAGGUUAUCAUGACCUGGACGAUGCCUUUGCCUCCACCUUCUCUUGGGACCACUGGCCUGCGUGUGAUGAGUGGCGCGCCCUUGAGCAGCUGCCACGGAAGCCUCUCCUGGAGUUCGCAAACUUGUGGAAGGGAGGCAUGACGUACCAGCUCACGGGAGACGGAUCUCCCCUUGACCCUCAGAGGCCCAAGAUGACCUCCGAGGAUGCGAGGGAAGCGUCCCGACGGGUGCGGGAGGGCUUUGCUUUUGUGGGCAUUACGGAGGAGUGGGACAUGUCCGUCUGCCUUUUCCACAAAAUGUUUGGUGGACCUUGUCAACCAGAGGAAUUUGUGGACAUUCGACCUUCAAGUUGGGGAAAAAAUGCUUCCGUCGACUACGACACAUCUCAGCUGCUGGGGUUUCAUGAUGAUAUUGAUGAAGUCGUGUAUUCUGCGGCGCUGGGCGUGUUCAAGGCAAAUCUUGUCGUGUACAACGUGUCGAAAGACUCGUGCCGGUCCUGCUUCUCAGUCCGCGGGUCCUGA